UUCUAAUGACGUGCUUUUGACUUGAACUCCCUCCCUGAACAAAAAGUUCAGAAUGUUCGAGUCUAGUCAUAUUUUCAUUCAUAUAAAACGAAUAUUAGUGAGUUUUUGAACAAGUUACGGUGGAUUUCACCACUUUUUCCGAACUACUCAAGGGACUUACUGCAAUGCAAACGGACAAGAGAUAAAUUAUUCUAAAAAUGGUAUACGUAGCAAGAGAUGGAACCGUCCAUCAAUCUCAACCGUGGACUGUUCAGCGUUUCCUUGGGCUGAUUACCGGAUUCUUCAAUUUUUUCGUUAUGUUCUUUCGAACAUUGCUUGAUCUGAAUCCAAACAGUCCUGGGAACUCAACGGACACUACGGGCAGUCGCCGCGGAGGGGGUGGUGGAGGAGGUGGAGGCCCACCAGGUGGGCCCCGGCAACGGCCAAUAGGGCGAACGAUGACCCUAAGGGACUGUACCAUCCCAGGUGGUGGAUGAGCGCGGUAAAGCAUCCAGCCCAAACUUAACCGUUUCGUAUGGAUGCUAGUGCACUCAACCGCCACCUUUGGAAAUCCGAAAAGCGCUGCAGCUUUUGUAUGACGAAUACGCUCUAAACCUACGCUACCACACAGGCGGGUGUAUUUUGAAGAGGGUCUUCUGAGGAUGGUGAAGUCUAUCGUUUGUUAUAAAAAUAAAUUCUAUCUUCUGGUGAUUUCUCACAGGUACAUGUACUAUAUGUGUAAAACAAUAAAUUGAUCUUCUUAAAAGGAAUAAACAAUACAAUAACGUGUUUCAUUUAGUACACUAAA